CAAUCAGCUCCACCAGCCUCAGAACUGCCUGUGGAAACCUGGUGGUGCUUCCGGCUUUGGGGCUGGGAAUGGUGGGAGGAGGGCCCAGAUCCCACUGGAGAUACCCUUUAAUAUUCGGGUCCCAGAAACCAGUCCUACAUCUGGCCAGAGGGACACUGUUUUGUGGCAUUUCUCCGGCUACUACCCAGAAGGAAGAGGGACCCUGGGGCCUAUGUGCCUUGCCCCUGACCCUGGGGACACUCAGCUCAGGCCUGCCCCAGUGGCCACAAGUCAGGGAGGCCGCAAAUUUUUAACUAGACACAUUGAUCAUUAAUAGGGGGUUAGAAAGAGUCCAAACUAAGUCUCACUCUGGGACACAGACCAACUGUGCCUCUGGCCUCCUGCAGAGAUGCUGGGUCCCCAAGUCUGGUCCUCUGUGAGGCAGGGGUUGAGCAGGGGCUUGUCCAGGAAUGUGAGGGGCUGGGCCUCAGGGGAGGGGAAGAAGGUGGACAUUGCGGGCAUCUACCCCCCUGUGACCACCCCCUUCACUGCCACUGCAGAGGUGGACUAUGGGAAACUGGAGGAGAAUCUGCACAAACUGGGCACCCUCCCCUUCCGAGGCUUCGUGGUCCAGGGCUCCAAUGGCGAGUUUCCCUUCCUGACCAGCAGUGAGCGCCUGGAGGUGGUGAGCCGUGUGCGCCAGACCAUGCCCAAGGACAGGCUCCUGCUAGCUGGCUCCGGAUGCGAGUCCACUCAAGCCACAGUGGAGAUGACUGUCAGCAUGGCCCAGGUCGGGGCUGACGCAGCCAUGGUGGUGACCCCUUGCUACUAUCGUGGCCGCAUGAGCAGCGCGGCCCUCAUUCAUCACUAUACCAAGGUUGCUGAUCUCUCCCCAAUCCCUGUGGUGCUGUACAGUGUCCCAGCCAACACAGGGCUGGACCUGCCUGUGGACGCGGUGGUCACACUCUCCCAGCAUCCGAAUAUUUUGGGCAUGAAGGACAGUGGUGGUGACGUGACCAGGAUUGGGCUGAUUGUUCACAAGACCAGGAAGCAGGAUUUCCAGGUGUUGGCUGGAUCGGCUGGCUUCCUGAUGGCCAGCUAUGCCUUGGGAGCUGUGGGGGGCGUGUGUGCCCUGGCCAAUGUCCUGGGGGCUCAGGUGUGCCAGCUGGAGCGACUGUGCCUCACAGGGCAAUGGGAAGACGCCCAGAAACUGCAGCACCGCCUCAUCGAGCCAAACACGGCGGUGACACGGCGCUUCGGGAUCCCAGGGCUGAAGAAAACCAUGGACUGGUUUGGCUACUACGGAGGCCCCUGCCGCGCCCCCUUGCAGGAGCUGAGCCCCGCUGAGGAGGAGGCACUGCGCAUGGAUUUCACCAGCAAUGGCUGGCUCUGAGGGCAGGCAGCAUCCAUGGCUGGCCUGAGCCCAUCUCAGCCUCCUGCCUUGCACCUGCAGCCUGAAUCGGAGAGCGCAGUGGGGGGAUAAGGGGAGCGGGUGGUGGGGAGUGGGUAGAGGAUCCUUUGCCUACUCGGGUCUUCCAGCCAGCCUUUCACAGGCACGCUCAUGCACACCUCUUAUUCUCAUGGCCCCUGACUUCUCUCUCCCUUUUAUAUCCUAAACUGUCUCUCUGGUCUGAAGACUGAGAAAGAGCAAUUUCUCAAUUUGUCCUUCUACUGUGGAUGCUUUCCUAUGCCCUGAGGCACAGGAAGUUAGAAAGGAAGGCCAGAGGGGUACUUAGGCACAGUAAGGGAAUUUUUUUUUUUUUUUUGAGACAGAAUUUUGCUCUGUCACCCAGGGUGGAGUGCAGUAGGGCGAUCUUGGCUCACUGCAACCCUGCCUCCUGGGUUCAAGUGAUUCUUCUGCCUCAGCCUCCCGAGUAGCAGGGAUUACAGGCAUGCGCCACCACACCCAGCUAAUUUUUGUAUUUUUAGUAGAGAUGGAGUUUCCCCAUGUUGGCCAGGCUGGUCUCAAACUCCUGACCUCACAUGAUCCACCCACCUCAGCCCCUCAAAGUGCUGGGAUUACAGGUGUGAGCCAUUGUGCCCGGCUGGGCAUUUCUUUUAUCAAAGUGGGGACUACUUAGACUUGAGGCUUCAAACCUGAGUCUAGCGUAGUGCAGCUGGAAGCCAGGGCUACUCUUACAAACCUAAGUUCUGACUCCUUCCAGGGAAGCAUCAGCUUAGGAAACUUGAUCAGGAAAGUGUCACUGGUCUUUGAAAGGACUCUUUACCACCCCCCCUCCACCCCAGCCCUUCCCUCCACACUGCAAGAUGCAUGCCAGCCACAAUGCCCUUUUUUCUAAGUCUAUUUUCAUUCAUUUCCUAUUUUGGUCUCUAGCCUUGAUUCCAACCAUUGCAUGCGUGGAGACAGCCCAGUGGCUUGUCAGAUUGGUAAAUAAUGACACCUGGUGGAUAAAUGUUACAUUCUAGAAGACUAUUCUGGCCAGCCUAAAUCUGAAACAGUAAGGGGACUUGGCCUGAGACAGGGCCAUCCUCUUGCCUCCAGGUACUCUGCUUUUGUUAUUAAAAAUAAUCACUGUGUUACUAUAAUAAAAUUUAACAGGUAAAAUUA